AUGGUAGAAUCAUCUGAAGAAAAAUUACGAAAAGUUAUAGUACUAGGUGGCAUCAGAGAUGACAUUUUCAUCAACACAGACUUUAAUGAAUUUAUGUACUGCAUGUGCUUUUAUGACAUGUCUAUCACUUAUACGAUUCCCAAAGUUUAUCUGAGCUACUUAAUACCAUUAGCUGAAACCAGCAGUUACAUUUUUCUAGAGUUAUCCGCACGUAGGGUUAAUAAAAGUGAAAGUUUAGAAAAAGUGAAGAAGGUGAAGAGAAAAAACUCCGCUGAGGAGUUAAAAUGGGAUCCUGCUGGAUUUGAAACGAUUCAUCAUCGCUGCCCCGCAACCCUCAUAACGUCGGGAACAAAAGCGAAGUUGGCACCUGCUUUGGACAAGUUAGAACUUCCCAGGAUCGAGGGUCGCGGAGAAGCCUGGUUGCACGUGGCGGCGUGUCCGGACGUUAAAUCGCCUUCGGGAGUUGCCCCUGGAUUUGGGCACCGCGGGCGCGUCCACUUCGGGCCGCCCAACGUCCAGGGCUGCGUGCGGGGUCUCCCCCGAGAGGGGGCCCAGGAAUCCCCGCCAGCCCAGUCGGGGCUGCCUGCCAUAUCGGCGGCAGGGCCGACCGCGCGCCCCGGGGUCUCCCUGCCCAUGCCAGGACAUGCCGCCCCGCCUCCUUGCCUGCAUCACGUGGGCAGCUCUCCCCGGGGUCCUAACCGGAGCAGUCGCGCCUUCUCGCGCGCGGAGUGGAAGGGAAGUGGCGCUGCGGCGGACAAGCUGGGCAGUCCUUGCUGGCGCGAACAGCUGGAGGAGGGCACCGGGGCUUCGGAUUCCGCCCGUGGGAGGAAAUUCUCCGCCGAGGCCACCAUGAACCUGUUGCUGCUGCUGCUGACUCUCCUUCCCCCCUUCUGCCUUUCUGGGAUUUCGGGGAACUUAAAGGAAAAUGUCACCCAUACCCCCACUGUCCAUUUGAAUUCUUCACCAAUAAGUCAUGCUUCAACAACAGCAAAGACCAUCACUGUUACUAACGUCACCCAAAAAUCAACAAAUACCACAGUCCAUCCUGACGUGACUUCUAAGAUCACAACAAUCACCAGCAAGACCAUCACUGCUGCAAAUACUACCCAUGCCAUACAAACAGUUAAAUCUAUGCUACCUGCCAGUACAAAGCAUUCACCAACUGAAUCUGGGUUGCACAAUAAGACCAUUGCAGUUCCUGUAACUCGGCCACCUUCCGCUUUGGUGACAGAAGUUUCAGCAGUUCAAGGCACUCCAUCGGGGUUCAGUGCUGGCAGCUUCAUUGGUGGCAUUGUAUUGACACUGGGACUUCUUGCCAUUGGCUAUAUUGGAUGCAGAAUCUAUCACACAAAAAGAGGUGUUCAGUACCGAACCAUUGAUGAACAUGAUGCCAUUAUUUAAAGUCUGCAUUGAAAAGACAGAAAGUAAACAUCCGUACACGUACUCCUGCUUUUAGGAACACUUUCUCUCUGGGAAACAGGCUUUAAUGAAAAAAUUAUCUGAUUUGAUGUUGACUGUUUCAUCCCUUUUUUGACAUGCAUUUACCUGCAAAUCUGAGGAACUCCAUAAGGACUUUGCAUACUUCAGAUUACCUUCAGUGAAGUAUUUCAAGGAAUUGAAAUUGGCACCUGCUUUUAAUCACUCUCUUUUGAAAACUGUUGAAGUAAACAUUGUUACCGCUUAGCUCUUAUCUACAGAAGAUUGGAGAUGACAAGUCCACAACAGAAUACAACUUCUAAGUGUUGAGUUCUGAACCUUUUUCCUUCUGACAUGUUUUAAUCUCCAGUCUUUUCAUUCAGGAAAACAAAUCAGACGUUGCUGGACAAAUAAGAGUUUCCUUUUCAGAGGUGUCACAAUAACAGUUCUUCCAGACCAUUUGUGUGAGAUUUGUUUGGAAUAUUGUUUCUUUAAAAAUAUGGGGAAAUUCAAAGAUUGUAUUUGCCUUGUUGGAUGUUUAAGAAAAAAAAUUUUUUUUUACUUUGUGGUUCCAGAAAAACAAAUGUAACAGGUAGGAUUGCAAAGAUGGAUUUGAAGCUUUUGAGGUGGUGGGUUUUCAUUGUGUUUUAUGCAUUUUAAAACUUGAGAAAUGAAUAGAAUUAUCCAUGUUUUGAAGCAGAUUGAUAUAAAGUUAGCAUCUUCAGAAGACUCUUUCACAAAAAGGGAGGCCAAAGUCUCUUUCAAUUUGAAGCCAUUCUGGAAUCAUUCAGUUGGGUUCCAUCUAGUGAGAUCUGUUCAGUUCAAAGUCACCAUGUCAAAAAUCAUCCUGUAGGUCAUAUGAGUGAGCUCUUAGACAAGGGACUGUGUGACUAAUCUGCUUAAUACAUAUAAUUGUGUAAUUACUACAUCAUCUGUAUUUACACUUUCACAUGAAAGUAGAGAAGCUGGUUAAGGAAUAAAAAUCCACAACAUUUC